GAGAGUGAAAAUACAUCAGUUUAUUUCUAGACAACCUAACGAUUAGACGCGUAAAAAUUUUGUAAUAACAUCAUAAAAUAAUUGUUGCCAAACAAACUAAACAUGUUAUUAUUUUUACUAAUUGUACUAUCAAUUAUUCUAUAUUUCCUGAUAAGACGCCAUUAUUCUUUGUGGCAACGUUUGGGUAUCGAAUACGAUGAACCUACAAUUCCCUAUGGCUCCCUACUAAAAGUCAGGCGUAAAGAAAGAGCCUUUGGUUUGGUUAUGUCUGAUCUUUAUGAGAAAUACACCAAGAAAUUUGUGGGCAUUUAUUUGUUUAUAAAACCGGCGAUUCUAUUGAGAGAUGCGGCUCUGGUGCGUCAAAUAAUGACAACUGAUUUUGGCAGCUUUCAUGAUCGUGGUGUUUAUGUCGACGAGAAAAAUGAUCCGAUGUCAGCAAAUUUAUUUACACUUAAAGGACAAACCUGGCGAUCCUUGAGAGCAAAAUUAACACCUUCAUUUACAUCAGGAAAAUUGAAAGGAAUGUUUAGUACGGUUGAUGAUGUGGCCGAUAAAUUAGUAAAACAUUUGAAAGGGCAAUUGGAUGAUGGAAAUACUCAUACAUUGGAAAUAAAAAGUCUGACUACCACAUACGCCAUUGAUAUCAUUGGUUCCGUUAUAUUUGGUCUGGACAUUGACAGUUUUAGCAAUCCUAAGAAUGAAUUCAGACAAUUAAGUGAUAGACUUUUCUUGCGAUCGGGAGUAUUAUUAAGCAUAAGAAAUAUAAUGAGUUUUGUCUGUCCACCAAUUGCCCGUUUUAUAACCGCCCUUGGAGUUAAGGACUCUGUCGUGUAUAAUUUAAAAGAUAUUGCUAAGAGAACCAUAGAGUUCCGGGAGAAAAAUGGUGUAUAUAGAAAAGAUAUGUUGCAACUAUUGAUACAGCUGCGUAAUACGGGUAAAAUUAGCGACGAUAAUGAUGGUUUAUGGCAAAUUGAAACGACAGCGGAAAACCUAAAGUCCAUGUCAAUUGAAUUGAUUGCAGCGCAAUUAUUUCUCUUCUAUAUAGCUGGUUCAGAGACCACCGCAGCAACCACAUCUUUUACCAUUUACGAAUUUGCCAUGUAUCCGGAAAUACUGAGAAAGGCUCAAAACGAGGUAGAUGAAUGUUUAAAAAAACAUGGCUUAAUGCCCGAGGAUAAACUAACAUAUGAAGUCAUACAAGACAUGAAAUAUUUGGAUUUGUGUGUUAUGGAAACCACUCGCAAAUAUCCAGGUCUCCCAUUUUUGAAUCGUGAAUGCACUCAGGAUUUUACAGUUCCCGACACAAAUUUCACCAUUAAAAAAGGCACCGGCAUUAUUAUUUCGCUGUUGGGUAUUCAUCGCGACGCUGAAUAUUUUCCCAAUCCUAUGGAUUAUAAACCAGAACGUUUUUCUGAGGAGAUUAUGGAUUAUAAUCCUGUAGCAUUCAUGCCCUUUGGCGAGGGACCACGUCAUUGUAUAGCUCAACGUAUGGGUGUUAUGAACGUGAAGGUGGCUUUGGCUAAAAUAUUAGCAAAUUUCAAUAUUGAACCCAUGAAACGAAAAGAAGUGGAAUACAAAUUUCAUGUUUCGCCUGUACUAGUGCCAGUUGAUGGUUUGAAAGUGGGACUAUCAAAGAGAUGGAAAAUGUGGUUACUCAUACCGAUUUUAAUCUAUACAAUUAUAUUUCUCUCAGUGCGACAUGUUUAUAACUAUUGGCGUCGAAAGGGGUUUCCCCAUGAAAAAUCCGACUUGAGUUGGCCGUUUCUCAAACAAAUUUACAAACGUGAGUUCCAUCAUGUCGAUGCCAUUGGUGAGGACUAUCGUGCCGGUAAGGAACGUUUUGUGGGCAUAUAUUUUCUGUUCCAUCCCACUUUGCUUAUAAGAGAUCUUUCGUUGGCCCGUGCCAUACUGGAAAAUCCAUGUGGUCAUUUCAAUGAUACGAAAUGGGAUUAUGUUCGAGGUUAUCGUAAAUUUAAUCUAAUGGAAAAAAUAUCACCCAUAUUUUCUGCUGCUCGUUUAGAGGCCAUGUUUCCAAAUAUUGAGAAGGUCGGGGACUAUGCGUUAAAUCAUUUGAGUGUUGUAGCCGAAUGUAAUAAAUCUGAUGGUAUUGAUAUGCAGCAUAUGUUGUCAAUUUAUUCUGUGAAUAUUAUCGCCAAUUUAAUCUAUGGCUUAGAGAUUGAUCUUUUCAAACAAACAGAUUCAAUAUUUCAACAAUAUUUAAAUUAUUCCAUACGUCAAUCAGCUGUUAAUUCAUACACCUACAAUCGCAUUCCCAAAAAAUCCUCACUCACCUAUCGUCUGCGUGAUGUCAUUCGUGAGAAUGUGGAACGACGUGAAGAGGGCGGCACGAUACGCAAAGAUAUUCUGCAAAUUCUAGUCAAAUUUCGUAAUGGGAACGAUAUCGAACAAAAAGAAAAACUGAGUUGGCACAUUGAGAAUCUCUUUGAGAGAGAAAAACUCUUAUCAAUAAAAAAAUUGGCACAUAUUACCGAACAUCUUUUGGAGAAUGGUAUGAACACAAUGGCAUCGACAGGCGUAUUUGCAUUGUAUGAGAUUUUGCAACAACCCGAGCUAAAUGAUAAAAUUUUAGAGGAAUUAAGGACUCACGUGCUGAAAAAUGAUAAAAAACCACAACUAACAUACGAAGGUUUAAAACAGUUGAAACUAAUGGAUUUGUGUAUACAAGAAACUGUGCGCAAAUACCCCAGUGUAGCUUUAAUUGAACGUGUUUGCCGUAAAGAUUUUCAAAUGCCAGAAUGUAAACAUAUUCUAAGUGAGGGUAAAUCCUUUAUUAUACCGCUUUUGGCCAUACAAAGAGAUGAGACUUAUUUUGAGGAUCCUUUAAGCUUUAAGCCACAGCGUUUUGUACAUGACAGCAAUGGCAAUAAGGGUGAAUGCUUGCUAAGUUUCGGCCUGGGAGCUAAAACAUGCAUAGCUCAACAUUUUGUUAACCUUGUGGUUAAAUGUAUUUUGGUCAAGCUAUUCCUUAAUUUUCAUAUGGAGACAACAGAUACAGAAAAUUUGGAAAUCUGUUAUAAUAAAACACCGUUUAUACAAUCGAAAGAGGGUUUUAAGGUUAAAUUAAAACCAACGAAAAUAAAACUUGAUUUAUAGAUUUAAUGUGGUGAUUUUUUUUAUGUUAUAAAUUUAAAUAUUUUACUUUUUAAGGAUAAAAAUAAGUUAUUUGUCUUGUUAAUUAUAAUAACAAGUUUAAAUAGAAUUGAUUCCAAUAAAUCUAACAAAAUUUCUAGAACGAUUUUCAAAAA